CGUCAGUGUGUUGGCAUGAAGCGGUGAAGAGUGACCUAACUGACCCGCGAACCGCACGCGCGCACUUUCAACAAAACCUAGUGCCUAAGAAGUCCGGACUGCCGGACACGUGCUCUAGACCACCUGCUGUGGAUGGUGCAGGAUGUCCAUGUGUGUCACAGUAAAUCGAGCAGGACGAGUUGUAGGCUCGAUCGAUGCUGUCUGAGUCGGCUGGAGCAGGAAGCUCGUCACUAGUUUGGCCGCAAGCCCGACGGCUUCCAGGCCUGAGAGACUCAAACAGGUAAGGAGAAGUGACUGGUGAUAGUGACAGUGAAAACACGGAAGCUGAGAAUUUCGAAGAGAUUGCAAGGAGUUGAGGCGGUUUGGGGAAGCUUCCGAACAGGUUGUACGCAGCUUGGAUAGGUUGCGCAUUCCUGACGUACUUCAGCCCGGAGAGUGCCCUCAACGCCCAGAACGCUCUGCAUGAGAAACACACGUUGCCAGGGGGACUGACCGCAGCGCCAUCUCGCUGGCGACUCGGGCCGGUUCUGUCCCAACUCAGCCCUUCACAAAUGGUGGUUUUGUGAUGAACCGCCCCAUCCAAGUGAAACCAGCGGACAGUGAAAACCGCGGAGAGCUCGCGAUGGCGGCCGACAUCAGCUGCGGCGGCGUCUGCUGGAAGUAGGGGCAAGGUAACGAGGAGAUAGCUAGCUCCCGACCCGCCCGGACCCGGUCAAAUCGAAAGCUGUUCGUGGGUAUGCUCAGUAAGCAACAAACCGAAGAAGAUGUCAGACAAUUAUUCGCGCCUUUUGGAACUAUAGAAGAGUGCACGAUACUUCGGGGACCCGACGGAGCUAGCAAAGGUUGCGCUUUCGUGAAAUACAGUUCGCAUCAGGAAGCGCAGGCGGCCAUUAAUAGCUUACACGGGAGCCAAACUAUGCCGGGAGCUUCUUCCAGCUUAGUAGUAAAAUUUGCCGAUACUGAAAAGGAACGACAACUGAGACGCAUGCAGCAGAUGGCCGGAAACAUGAGUCUUCUCAACCCCUUCGUGUUCAACCAGUUCGGAGCUUACGGAGCUUACGCACAGCAUUCUUUGGACUUUCAGCAACAGGCGGCUUUGAUGGCAGCUGCGACAGCACAAGGAACUUACAUAAACCCGAUGGCAGCCCUUGCCACGCAAAUCCCUCACGCGACACUCAACGGCAUGGCGAAUUCGGUGGUGCCGCCGACUUCAGAUGUUGGUGUAGGUGCUGGGUCAGGGCAGCCGGUCAACGGCGCCAUCCCGAGUCUCCCAUCGCCGACCAUGCCCACUUUCAAUAUGGCGGCACAGACGCCCAACGGUCAACCCGGGGGCACAGAGGCCGUCUACACGAACGGCAUCCCCCAGACGUAUCCAGCUCAUGCGCUACAUCUGUCCAUUCCAGCGCAAGGAUUGCCUAAUGGAGAAGCGGCGCUACAGCACGCAGCGUAUCCAGGAAUGCAACCAUAUCCAGGAGUCGCUUACCCCGCGGUAUAUGGCCAAUUCCCACAGGCCAUUCCCCAACCUAUGUCAGCAGUUGCUCCUGCCCAAAGGGAAGGCUGCUCUAUUUCCGGACCUGAAGGCUGCAAUUUGUUUAUCUACCAUUUACCUCAAGAAUUCGGUGACGCUGAACUGAUGCAAAUGUUCCUGCCCUUCGGAAAUGUCAUCAGCUCAAAAGUGUUCAUUGACCGUGCCACUAAUCAGAGCAAAUGCUUCGGGUUUGUGUCUUUCGACAACCCGGCAAGCGCUCAAGCAGCCAUCCAAGCUAUGAACGGCUUCCAGAUCGGCAUGAAGCGACUCAAAGUGCAGCUGAAGAGGCCCAAGGACGCCAACAGGCCGUACUAACCUUGGCCCUCAGAUCUCUUGGCGCUUGUAGCGCCCUCAGCCACUAGUAUACUAGACGACACUUUAUAUAAGCACAUAGAAUAUUGUAACUUAUAUAUAAUAUAAUAAACUAAAGAGCAUGCCUGGUACACACUCCGAGCACACGCUGCAGUCCGGCUGCGCCCCCCGCCCCUCAUUUCGAGAAAUUCCAAAUGGGCUGUGAUUAAAUAACAAAUCAGUGUUUGAUUGUACAGGCCGUUUUGUCUUCUCGUUCGUGAAAUGUAUUACUAUUUUGAGACGUCGUCUACUCUUAUUUGUUGUACUUAUGUGUGUUAAUCUGUAAGAAACAGGGCCGGUGGCGACAGCCCCCUGCUCAGUUGCCAAAUUUCGGCCAGGCAUGACUCCUGUGAUGCUAUUGCUAGUCACAGCUCGGCUCGGAGUCGCACUUAUGGGGGCACACGGUACCAUGUCUCCCUUCUGACUACAGGAGCCAUGACAUAUUUAUAUUUAACAAUACUAUUAUAAAAAGAAAAGAAAAUAGUGUAAUAUUUCUACUAAAGUUAAGUAACAUAAUCCUUACAAAGUACCAACUAUAUAUUAAUCUGUAAAUUACUAGGGGGUAGCGAUAGGAUAGCCAAAAAGGGUGGUCGUGAUACCAUGAAGGUAUAGUCAUUAUCGAUUUUAGAACAAUACGUUCACAAUUUAUGAAUUUUAUCUAAUGUAUAAGUUUAUAUAUCAAAAUGCAAAUUGUGCGUUUUCGCCAAAUAGUUGUUGAAGAGUUAGUUGACGCUUUGCGGGACUCCACAGCGGUGGAGUCCCUAGGCAAGCCGGGAGAUAAGAGUGGAGAGACACUCGGCUGGGCCACUCUAGUCAAAUUAUCCAGCCAAAAACGGCUGCGGAUUCUAGUUAAUAUGAUUAGAAUUAAUUUAGCCCUAAGACAUAUAUUUAGUAAAAAAACAUAUAUACUAUUUAUUGAAUUUAAUGUAUUUAGAUAUACAAGAAUAUUUUUUAAUUUAUUCAUUUAUUUGUUUCGGCUGAGAUAAUAUCGUGCAAUAUUAACAGGACGACUGAUACACAUUAUUUUUUCUUCUCUAUUUGAAACAAACAGCUUUAAGUUUUGUAAGUUUGUUUUUUUUUAAGUAGUUGUAGUGCAUUCCACGCUUGCUAAUGACAUUCCUUCAGCGCUGGAAGUAAAUAUACUUAAGUACUAACCACGGGGGGGUGGCAGCUCCCGAAUAUAACGAGACGCCACACCACCAAAUAGACGCACACUCGAACAGAAACGAAAACGUCAAGUCAGCACACCCAAACCCAAAACCACAAAAAUUGACCCAAAAACAGGCCGACGCCAAGAAGCUCUAUGGAAGGGCUAUGCCGCGAUUAUUUCCUUACGAAACAAAUUCGCAAGUAUUAAGUAUUAAGAGUAAAAAUACACUAUUUUUAUUCUGGAACAUCUAAAGAAAAAUUGUUUGUAUUUCUUGCCAAAAUUCAUAUUCACAAACUUUAUAAUUUUCUUUUAUUUAUGCAAUAUUUUGUUAGUAAAAAACAUGUCAGUUGAAAAUUAGACUAAAUUGUGCUAUGAGAAAGGGAAACUCAAGCCUGUGUGGUUGAGCAAGUCGACACAACCAAACCUGAAACAGACCAUCAAAAAAAUUGACUCAGAAAACAGGCCGACAUCAAUAAAUUCUACGGAAGGGCUAUGUCACGAUUAUUCCCUUUCUAAGUGAUACUUAGAAAACUUUGUUCUAUUAAGUAUUAAUAGGAAAAAAUACAUUAUUUUAUAUUAAAACACCUAUUGAAAAAGUGUUGUAUUUCUUGUCAAAAUUUGUAUUCACAAACUAUCAAUUUUUUUAUUUAUGCAAUUGUACAGUAUGAUUGGGUAAAUCAGCACACCCAAACUUGAAACAGACCAUCAAAAAAUUGACUCAAAAAAAAAGCCGACGUCAAUAAUUUCUAUGGAAGGGCUAUGUCACAAUUAUUUCCUUACAAUACAAAAUCGUAAAUAGUACUUGAAAAACAUUGUUUUAUUAAGUACUAAAAAUAAGAAAUACAUUAUUUUUAUUUUAAAACAUACAUAGAAAAAUUGUUUGUAUUUUUUGCCAAAAUUUAUAUUCACAAACUUUAUCAUUUUUUUUUAUUUAUGCAAAAUUUUGUCAGUGGAAAAUUAUACUAAAUUGUGUAAUAAAAAAAGAGACAGUGGGAAUAUUGCCUGGGAGUGGGUCAAUUUUCCCUGGUUUCUUCGCGUGCGUUGGGUCGGAGGCUCGGCAUUGUUGGUGCAUGCCUUUUUGCUAGUUUUGAUUGUUGGUAGCAAAAAUCCGUGCAAGUUUUCGAGUCGUGGUGUAUUGGGUGGUGACGGAUCUGAUCUGUCUAGUCUAAUUCAAGAAUAUGGUCUCCCCAAUCAGACAAGAGCGGAUAAUAAUCAAUCUCUAAACGCAGCGAAGUGAUUCUAGGAUACAGGGUAUGUUUUUGCAAUUAUUUGUGUAACUGUUUCUCAUCGUGAGAGGGCGGUCAUCGUGUUUCUAUUAGUAUAUGUAUUCAUAGUUCCGCGUCAGCAGCGGAUGUGUAAAUCCGCACCCUCGCUAUCAAGCCAUUUCAUCCCAUGCUGUAUAUAUAUUGGGGUCCAUUCGAUUGCACCAUUUUAUACAAAAUGUAUGGUCCUUUCCUGUCGCAGGCAAGAACGUACCUGUCGAUUCAAGAUUCGGACAAUCACAUCGACUGUUAUCGAACUGAACUAUCACGAAUGGUCAAAUUUAUGCGGAGAGAUGGGUUAUGAGAGACAUUUUUCAAAGUUGUACGAUCCAUUCGCCAAAUCACCGAUUUGUGAAUAAAAUUUAGAGAAAAAACACGUUGAUUGUUUGUUAUAGAGUGUAAAUAACAAUUAUUAUAAAUAUGGGAUAAAAAAUGAGAAAACAAAGUAUAUUUUUCUACUUUAUCGCAAUUUAUAGUAUAAAUUGAGUAAGUUAGCCCGCCCGAGCGGGUACAUAUCUCUUUGCCAAAAUUACGUUUUUUCGUUCGAUGUUGUGUGUAUAUAACCGACAAAGGUGGAAUUGGUCCAAUGGGUCUGACAAAAGUUGAUGAUAAAAAAUGAUGUAAAUACUAAUAAUAAUAAAUCGACAUUUCGUGUCCCGUGCUUUAUUAUUUGUACCUACGUGAAUCACAGAACUCGUUUCUAAGACGUAUAAUUAAGAAUUAGAGGGCUGCUUGAUAGGAUAGCGGCAAACCGACUGUUUUAGAUCAUAUUCGUGCACCGGGCAUUGCUUUUCGAUGCCCGACUUAAGACCAUGUCCCAUUUGAUUCUGUGAUACAAGAAGAAUAUCUGUGUAAAUGUUCCAAGUUAAAUUUGACCGUGUCCGUGAACAGCAGCAGGAUGUGAUUGUCGGGAUCUGGUGGUCCAUUUUUAUAUUUUAGAUGCUAAAAGAUCAACAGGCGCGCUUAAUCAUGGAAUCAUUUUUUUCCGUUUUAGUCUAGCCCUCACAUCCACUCAUCAUCAUAUAUUUUAGCUACGAGUAGAGUAGGGAGUAGGUUCUAGUCAUAAUUUAUAACGUGUAUGGCAUUUAUUACAAAAUUAAGGUUGAGCAUAUGGAACCAAGGCGGUACUCAUACUCAAUUUCGACAAUUCGAGUUUGAACUUGCAUAGUCUGAGAUCUUGCCAAUUUCUUGUUUGUUUGUUUGUUUUCACCCAACAUUUAUGCUGGGACCAAACGGUUGUUUUAGCUUCGCCCAAAAUCUCGACAUAGUCUAGUCAAGUCUAGUGUUUCGUUAUAUAUAUUUUUUGAUCAUUUGAUGAUGCAAUUAUUGUAAUAUAGCGUUAUUUAUUGCAACGUUACUUAUUUAUUUAUUUCUAGUCAUAGGUCUUAUUUAAGCUUUUGAAACGGGGCUUAGUCUUCGCGAGGACGGAGCCCCGGACCUACGCUUGUAUACAGUAUUAUGCGGUCUGCAGGAGAAGGGUGCGAGUACCCGUUUAUUAUCAUAUUCGGACGAAUCUCCAUCAAUUAUAUAAGAUAAUCCAAGCCAUACUCUGUUGCAUGUCAGUUUUAUUACAUUUUACACAAAAUUAUUAUAAAAUAAAAUUAUUACAUAAUAUUAUAUUAUUAUAUUAUAUAUAGUAGAUAAUUGAAUUAAUAUUUAUAACCUGCUAAACUUGUAAUACGAUAAUGUAAAAACAUAUGAGUAAAUUAGACAAUGAAUGCGUGAACUUUCUAUCCAUGUAUGAAGUUUAUCAUAUUUAUUAUUUUUACACUGUCAAUUUUGCUGGUCUUUUGUAUUUCUUACAGCAGGACGACUAUUACUUUUACAAUGUAACGUUUUAAUAUAUCAUCUGAAUUAUACAUUGUAGUCUGUAAUUUUGACAUUACAAGAAUUACAGUCCAAUUAUAUUAUGAAAAAUUUCAUAAAAAACUAUCACAGACAUGACCGAGCGGCACUUAUAAUGCUCAAAAUUUUACAUAAUCUACUGACAUCCUUUUCCAGUCAUGUCUAUUUCUUAUUAUUAUUACGAUUAUUAUUAUAUUACUAAUUCGAAGCCAAAUAAAUCCAAUUCAAGACAAACAGGUUUACAACUUAUAUAAAUAUAUGACUUUAAUUAGUGCGGUAAAUUAGUUUACAUUGGUUUGGAUUUAUUUUGGAAAGCUAUCCAGUUCAUAUGAAACUUUAUAAAAGAAUUAUAAAUUAAUAAAGU